UUGCUGUUCCCAGUAGGAGACUAGUAGUUUGUAUAAAACAGGAAUGACUCAGAAUCAGAGGGGUCCACUUGUAAUGAUUCAUGCAGAAAUGCUUCUCUGUGCCUCCAGCUUUGAUACAGAGCCCUCAUGAUGCCCAGAUGUGGUCAGGGGCGAGCACAUCGAAGAUCAUGCGGCUGACAGCUGCCUGUGCACAGCAGAUAUUUGUGACCUCACACACGAAGUGAAGACUUGCAGAGUUCUCAUUCUGUGAGUUACAGAACUGAAGUGCAUUUAAUAACAAAACUGCUUGCAGGAACAGGGCACAAGCCAAUGGAAAGAGUCAACCAAACCAGCAGUGUCUCUGAGUUCAUCCUUGUGGGACUUUCCUCCAGGCCUGAGGACCAAACUCCACUCUUCGUCCUCUUCCUUACCAUUUACCUGGUCACCAUCACAGGGAACCUGCUCAUCAUCCUGGCUAUCUGCUCUGACCCCCAGCUGCAGACUCCCAUGUAUUUCUUCUUGAGUUUCCUGUCUUUCACUGACAUUUGGUUCACAACAACCAUCGUCCCCAAGAUGCUGGCGAACUUCCUGUCAGAAAGGAAGACCAUCUCCUAUGCGGACUGUCUGACUCAAAUGUACUUCAUCUAUGCCUUCGGCAACAGCGACAGCUGCCUUCUGGCAGUCAUGGCCUUUGACCGCUAUGUGGCCAUCUGCGACCCCUUCCACUACGUUACCACCAUGAGCCACCGCCGCUGUGUCCUGCUGGUGGCCUUCUCCUGUUCACUCCCACACCUCCACUCACUCUUGCACACACUUCUGCUGAACCUUCUCACCUUCUGCGACUCCAACGUUAUCCACCACUUCCUCUGUGACCUCAGCCCUCUCAUGAAAUUGUCCUGCUCCCCCACAGUUGUCAAUGAAACUGUGAUAAUGGCAGAAGGAUCUGUAGUUUUGGUGACCCCUUUCCUAUGCAUUGUUUUCUCUUACACACGAAUCCUCAUCACAGUUCUCAAGAUUCCUUCUGCUGCUGGGAAGCACAAAGCCUUCUCCACCUGUGGUUCUCACCUCACCGUGGUAACACUGUUUUAUGGCAGCAUCUUCUAUGUCUAUUUACAACCCGUGUCUACCUACACUGUCAAGGACCACAUGGCAACCGUUGUCUACACAGUUUUGACCUCCAUGCUAAAUCCAUUUAUCUACAGUUUGAGAAACAAAGACCUGAAACGUGGCCUGAGGAAGCUCAUGAGCAGGAGGAGAUCCUAAGUUGGCCCUUGUGACAAACGCACGUGGACCCAGUUUCUCUGGGUUUCUGCUGAACACUCAGUCUCUUGGAGGCGUCAUUUCACACCUGGUGAGAUAAGGCUAUUGGGAAUAUUUACAUACAAGGGGCUCUGUUUCUGCUUAAAUCACAACACUCCUCCUUUCUAUUCUAUUUUUUUGGAAGAUCCAUCACUUUCUCUACUUUCUCACCUUUCAAAUCCUGCUUGAAACAUUUCCUGACCAUCUUUGUUUAUGAAGACUGGUCCUCUGGAAUUCUUAAUUACAAUAUACUGCUGAAUACCUAAAUGAUUUGACAGGUGUUGAAAGCAUUUGAAGAGGGAAAGAAUGGAGAAAGAGAAUGAAGAUGACUAGGAGGCUUAUAUUUUAGUUAAACUUUCUCAUUAUUGAGGAUUUUUAUAAUUUCUUAUUUUUUCUCUUUCUAAAAUGUUUUCCUGCUUAAAUUUUAAGUUUUGAUUUUUAUUCUUCUCUUCCCUUGCUCUCCUUUCUGUAUUAUUCUACUGUGGGAUUUAUUUUUCUUCAAUUUCCUCUUUUAUUUUGUCAAAAAUGUUACCAUGGGAUCCCAAACUCCCUUAAGCUGGGUGUUAAAAAUAGCAUUUUGAGUGUUAGAGUGAGCAUGGGGAUAGGAUUAAGUGUUAAGUGAUCAUAUAAAUAGGACUAAGUAUUUGAUAAUACUAAUAGAAUUAAAAAGGGGUGAAUGGGCCGGCGCCGCGGCUCACUAGGCUAAUCCUCCGCCUAGCGGCGCCGGCACACCGGGUUCUAGUCCCGGUCGGGGCGCCGGAUUCUGUCCCGGUUGCCCCUCUUCCAGGCCAGCCCUCUGCUGUGGCCCGGGAGUGCAGUGGAGGAUGGCCCAGGUGCUUGGGCCCUGCACCCCAUGGGAGACCAGGAAAAGCACCUGGCUCCUGGCUCCUGCCAUCGGAUCAGCGCGGUGCGCCGGUCGCAGCGCGCCGGCCGCGGCGGCCAUUGGAGGGUGAACCAACGGCAAAGGAAGACCUUUCUCUCUGUCUCUCUCUCUCACUGUCCACUCUGCCUGUCAAAAAAAAAAAAAAAAAAAAAAAAAAAAAAAAAAAAAAAAAAGGGGUGAAUGCUCCAUCAUGAAAAGCAGUCCACACAACAGACUCAUAGAAUGACAAUCACUUUAAAUAGCACUCUGACCUCAGAAACAACCCUUAAG